AAAAACAUGGCAUUUCCACGAUUUCUUAGAGUCAUCGAGGAGAUCAUCCAGUUCCAGCCCCCUGCCCUGGGCUGGGUGUCAACCCCCUGCUCAGGCUGCUCGGGGCCCCAUACGUGGCCUUGUGCACCUCCAGGAAUGAGGCACCCACAGCUUCACUGGGCAGCAGUGCCGGGGUCUCCCUGCUCUCUUAGUGAAGAAUUUCUUCCUCGCAUCUAAGCUAAAUCUCCUGUCUUUUAGUUUAAAGCCAUUCCCCUUUGUCCUACUGCUGUCUGCCCAUACAGAAAGUUAUGUGCUUAUAAGGUCCUUUCAAGUUCUAGAGUACUGCAGCGAAGUCUCUCCAAAGCUUUCUCCUCUCCAGGCUGAUCAAGCCUGUUACCCUCAAUUUAUCUUCACAGGAGAGACGCUCCAGCCUUCUGAUUAUCUCCAUGAUCUUCUCUGGACCUGCUCCAACUGCUCCAUAUCUCUCCUGUACUGGAGUUCCCAGGCAUGGGUGUAGUAGUCCAGAUGAGACAUCAUGAAGGCAGAGUAAAGGGGACAAUCCCCUCCCUCACCCUGCUGUCACCCCUCUGUCACUGCAGUCCAGGAUACCAUUGGCUUUUCAGACUACAAGCACACACUGCUGGCUCAUGUCCUACUUUUUGUGUACCAGGAUCCCUGCAUCCUUCUCAGCAGGGCUGUUCUCAAUUAUUUCUUCUUAGGUAGACGUACCUGGCAUUGCCCUGGCCCAAAUGCAACACCUUGCAAUUGUCCUUGUUGAACGUCAUUAGGUUCUUGUGUGCCCCCUUCCUGUGCCUGCCCAGGCUCUCUGGACAACAUUGCUUCCUUCUAUGGUGUCAGCUGUACCACUCAAUGUCAUCAGCAACUUGAUAGAAUCAAAUUGAUCUUACUCUGUAUUUUGAUAUGUGUUGCUCAUGUUCUUCAUGGAAGCUUUGCCAUAUUUUCACAUCUAGAGGAUUUAAUGUGGUUUUUCUAAUGAUAAAGGGAUCAUGUGUUUUUGUUGUUGUUUUUUUCUUCUAGAAAGUACUGCUGACUGAUUCCUGAAAUUUCCCCGCUGCUGUUAUUUUUAGUGUUGCAUCAUCGUUGAUAGGAAUGCUGUGAAAACUAUUUUCUAGUUCCUACUCCCUGGUGUAGGACAGUUGGAAUUGCUAAAUCUCAGAGGUUUGAAAAGGUUGAAGAGAAGAUGAUAAUUGCCUGUGUCUUUUUCCUUUUAAGACUUCUGAUCACCAUGGCUGCAGUGGAUCGCUUCAACCUGCUGUACAGAGAGAUCAGUCGUUCCUGCAGUUUUUACGUUGAGGCCCUGGCUAUAGUUGGAGCUUGGUACACAGUCAGAAAAUGUCUGACUCUUGUGUUUGACACUUACAGUAUGCUCAGGCUUCAUGUUAUUCCAAAGCUGGUUGGUGAGAUUGAUAUUGUCAAGCGGUAUGGAAGAUGGGCAGUGGUCACUGGUAGCACAGAUGGUAUCGGGAAGGCAUAUGCUGAAGAACUGGCCAAACGUGGUGUCAAUAUCAUCUUAAUCAGCCGAAGCAAAGAGAAGCUGGAGGCUGUAUCUAGAAACAUAUCUGAAACCUAUAAAGUGGAAACAGAUUUCAUAGUAGCUGACUUCAGUAAGGGGCGUGAGGCUUACCAUGCCAUUAAGGAGGGCCUGAAAGAUAGAGAAAUUGGGAUUUUGGUGAAUAAUGUGGGACUGUUUUAUACCUACCCAGAUUAUUUUACUAACCUGUCUGAGGAUAUGCUGUGGGACAUGAUCAACAUAAAUAUUGCUUCUGCUAACAUGAUGGUGCAUAUUGUGUUGCCCGGCAUGGUAGAGAAGAAGAAAGGUGCAAUUGUGAAUGUCUCAUCUGCUUCCUGUUGUCAGCCAACACCAAUGCUAACGAUCUACGGAGCCUCUAAAGCCUACUUGGACUAUUUCAGUAGAGCACUGUAUUACGAAUAUGCUUCAAAAGGAAUUUUUGUUCAGAGUUUAACCCCAUUUGUAAUUGCUACAAAAAUGGUGUCAUGCAGCAGCGUUACAUCGAAGAGAUCUUUCUUUUUUCCUUCUGCUGAAGAGUAUGCAAGUCAUGCUAUUUCUACCCUUGGGUUAUCUAAAAGGACUCCUGGUUACUGGAAGCAUUCAAUAGAGUUCACACUGGGUGAACGUCUACCUGAAUGGAUCUGGGCAUGGUUUGCACAGUACUUCUGCAGAAUUAUACGCAAGGAAGCUUUAACACACAAAGCAAAAUAGGAAUAUCCAGAUGUCCAUUAUAAAUAAGUACUGGAAUCUGAUCAGAAUGCUACAAAAUGGUCAAGUGAAUCCUGGAUGUACUGCAAUUUAUCCAUAACUUGCUUAACAGUGUAACUAGUGUUACUUGUAGCAAUAACCUAGACAUUAGAAGUCUGGAUCCCGCAUCGUUGUGCUAAGCAGCUCCUUCUCUGCAUUCCUCCAGGACAAAGAGUUGAUCUCGGUUCACUUUGUCUGUAAGGUAAUAGGACAGGAGCAGAUAUAACUUUAAUUCUGAUAGUAAAUGACUCUCUUUUGUGUAGUGCUAUGUAAUCUUGAUUUGUAAUGUUAACAGAAUUUGAGAAUUCUCCAGCUCUGGUGAUAUUGGGCCCAAAACAAAUCAUGCUGUUUUGAAAAGACAGUCCUAUUCAAUCAAUAUGCAGUUUAUGAGUCUUCUGGUCUUUUUAUGGCAGGUCCUUGUAUGUUUUAAGUGCAAAUAUUGUUUUUGAACAGGGUACUUACCAUACAUCUUAAUUUUGAUAAAGUCAUGCUAAUUUGGAGGUCAUUUAAAUGACAGAAAAGGUCUUACAGAACUGCAGAAGAAUUUGAAGAUAACGGUUUUUUUUUCUUUCUUAUUCUAAGUGUGAAUGCUUUUGACUACGCUUUAAAUAUUCCUUCAGCAAUCUGAAGCGUGACUGAAGAAUUGAAACAGAUUGUAAAAAAUACAUUAGCUAAGAAAAAGUAAAAAAGAAA